UAACAUUAAAAAGCCCUGAAACCAAUGGAGAAGCAGUAGUCUCUCUCUCUCUCUUUCUUUCUCUCUCUCUCUAAAAUCUCUGAAAUUGGAGGACAAUAAAAUCUCAAUGCGCCGUGAAAUCGUCGCCGAGCAUUUCCACCUGAGUGUUGCUUGACUCAGAUCUGCGGAAUUUGGCUGAUUUUGUUGCGAAUUUAAGAAAUGAGUAAGGAGGAGUUUUUGAAGAUCCAGACUUGUGUUCUUAAAGUUCAUAUACACUGCGAUGGAUGCAAGCAAAAAGUGAAGAAAAUCUUGCAGAAGAUUGAAGGUGUAUAUACAACAAAGAUAGAGUCAGAGGUGGGGAAGGUGACUGUUGCUGGGACUGUUGAUGCUUCUACACUCAUAAAGAAGCUUAUCAAGAAUGGGAAACAUGCUGAGCUAUGGGGUGGGGGUGGGGGUGGGGGUGGGGGUAAGAAUAACAACAAUAACCAUAGUAAUAAUAGUAACAAUAAUCAGUUGAAGAAUUUGCAACAAAUUGUGGGGGGUAAGAAUGGUGGGGGUGGGGGUGGGAAGGGUGGAGGUGGGGGUGGGGGGAAAGGGGGGCAGCAGCAACCCAAGGGGGGUCAAAAUAGCAAUCCAAAUCCUCAGAUGAUGAAAGGGAUGUUGCCUCCUCAGCUAAUGAAGGGCCCGAAUAUGUCCGGGCCGGGCCGGGCUUCGAGAGACUACGACGACGAUUUCGACGAGUUUGAUGACGAGGACGACGAUGAAUUCGACGACGAGGACGAUGAUUUUGAAGGCGGUGGUGGUGGUGCACCGGUCGGGAAGAUGAAACCGGGAGGCGGCGGCGGCGGAUUGCCGCCGAUGCCUAAUGUCUUGAUGCAAAACGGAAUGAUGAAUGGGGUCGGGAAGGGUGGCAGCGGUGGCGGUGGUGGUGGAAAUGGGAAGAAAGGCGACGGGAAAGGUGCGCCGCCGAUGAUUCCGGCGAACGGCGCGAAGAAAGGUGGGAAUGGGAAUCAAAAUGGCGGUGGCGGCGGCGGUGGUGGAAAGGCCGGAAAAAAUGGCAGUGGUGGCGGUGGUGGUGGCGGAGGGCAAAUUAAGAAUGGUAACAAUGGCCCUAAUGGGAUGAUGAUGAUGCCUAAUAUGAUCGGAAACGGCGGGCUGGGCCAAGGCCCAGGCCCGAUGGCGAGCAUGCCGAUGGGCCACAUGAGUAAUCCGGCAAUGGGCGGUGGCCCGAUGGGCCACAUGAGCAAUCCCGGGAUGGGCGGGCUCGGGCCGGUGCAAGGUCUUCCGGCCAUGAAUGGCGGCAGUAGUGGCGGGCCGGGCCAAAUCACGGGGAACCCGUACUACCAGCAGCAACUUGCGGCGAUGAUGAUGAACCAACAACAGGCCAACGGUAACGAGCGGUUUCAGCCGAUGAUGUACGCUCGACCGCCGCCGGCCGUGAAUUACAUGCCGCCGUAUUAUCCACCACCGCCGUAUCCGUACCUUCCGCCGCCGGGGGAACGGGCCGACCAGUACUCGAUGUUUAGCGACGAAAACGCCUCCGGCUGCGUCGUGAUGUGAGCGAGAGAGAGACUUUCGAUCCGACCGGAACACAUCGACGACGGUCAAAUGGGCCCGGCCCGAUGGAAAUUUGUAGUGUUUAUUGUCGAUGUUGGUGCUCGUGAGUUGAUAGUUUGGUGACUUUUUCUUUUGUCGUUAGUGUUUUUGAUGCUUUGGUAUAAAUACAUGGAAACUUUAUGUUUAAUUCUCAUUCUCAGAUUAUUAAUUUUUAAUUAUAAUUAUAUA